UUUUGAUAUAUAUUAAAUUUGAUGCAAAAUUUAGAUGAUAUUAACUAUUAAGGAUAUCAUAAUAUCCAUGAUUGCUUGUGUCAAGGAUCUAUUUAUGUACACUCGCAUAUUCUCAUUAAUCACUCUGUAAUAUCAUGAUCCCUGUAUAAAUACUCAAUCUCUGUAUUAUUCUAAAUCAUCAUAUUUAACAUCUUUAAUAGUAUCAGAGCAUUAUAUGCUCCCAAUGAUUUGAAAAUUCAUCUAUAAAAGAACCAGCAAUUUUCGUUUCAUUCACUAAGGAGAUUUACAAAACAUUUCAUAGUAAUUUAUAUUGUAGAGAAAUUUAUCAAAAGAUGAUGUCUUCGAAGUGUCAUUUUGUUGCUCUUCUCUUGAUCACUAUUUCUCUCAUUGUUAAUGUUCAAUCUACUCGGAUUAUGGAUGAUUCAAGCGAUUGUGUAUUCAAAGGACCAUGUCAAAGGAGGUCAGAUUGUUACAAAAGGUGUGGAGUGAAACCACCUUCUAGAACUGCUUUGUGUCAACCUAUGGGACUCCACGGACUUGUAUGUUGUUGUCUCUAAAAAUCUGCAACUGAAUAUGAUUGACAAUAUGUUCAAGGUUUGAAAUAAAAUAUUAUAUCAUCUAAA